AUGACGAAUAGUCAAAUUAAAAAACAACAAAAACAUUUAAAAAAUAUACGCCAAAAACGAACCUUUUUUAAAGACACAACUUUAAAUAAAAUUCAAAGCAAUCGUUAUCAAUCUAUUGAGCAAAUAGUCAAAGAUCUUAUUGACUUAAAUGAUAGUAAAUUUACUGAAACGAUUGAACAAAUUAAAAGAAUAUAUAAUGUUAAUGAAGAAAGUGAACAACAACGAAAUGAAUUAAUUAAUAAAAUUCAAAAUUUGCCUACAAAUCAAGUUUCUAGAGCAUCUUAUUUAUUUCAAGUAAUGAAAAAUACUUCUAUACAGGCUAUAACAACUAAGAUUAUAGAGCUUGAAAAAGAGAUUUCUUUUUUAAAAAAAGAUAAAAUUAAUUUAACUGCUCAUAUCCGAUCACUUUCAAUACAAGUUGUACAUGCAAGAGAUACAAAAAAAAGAUAUAUUUCAAAAAUCCGUAUAGCAAUUCAAAAUGCAAAACAAGUUCAACCUAAUCAACUUUGCUCAACUGAGAUCAGCAAUAUGGGUGUUACUUUGAUUCAGACUACAGUUAAUUGUACAAAGGCUGUUUAUGAAUUUUUAACAGGACAUACACCAACAUAUUGG